UAAGGGGGGUCACUCCACCGCCACCAGCUCCCACUAAGGAACUAGGUCAAUCGAGUGGAGGUGCAGGACUCACGCCGAUUCUUUUCUGAAAACGUCUCCCGCUCUUAUCCGUGGUCAAGUGGCUCUGUUUUUGUGCUCUAAUGCGUGCGAUCUGGUUCAUACGGAUGAGUUUAUGCAGCGUGGGCCCAGGCUGAAGUGUCAAUCUCUCUCGGAUCCUCCUGCUAACAGCUUCCUAACUAUAAGCGACUGUAAACAUCAAGGAUGAAACGCAUGAAAGGUAAUGAGGAGGACAGUAACAGCUCCCCCAGUGUAAACCAAUCUGAGCCAUAUAAAAGGAUGCGGCCGGAGGACCUGGAGGAGCCUGUGGCAGAGGGGGACAGUGCAGCACCAGGCUGUGAUUGGGCCCGGCUGCCCCAGGAGCUCCUGCUGCAUAUCUUUCAAUACCUUCCGCUUCUGGACCGGGCCUAUGCCUCUCAGGUGUGCCGGGGGUGGAACCAGGCUUUCCACAUGCCAGAGCUGUGGAGGUGCUUCGAGUUUGAGCUCAACCAACCAGCCAGCUCCUACCUCAAGGCCACACAUCCUGAUCUCAUUAAGCAGAUCAUAAAAAGACACUCCAAUCACCUGCAAUAUGUUAGCUUCAAGGUGGACAGCAGCACAGAGUCGGCAGAGGCUGCCUGUGACAUCCUCUCACAGUUGGUCAACUGUUCUCUUAAAACAUUGGGACUCAUCUCAACUGCUAGGCCCAGCUUUAUGGAGGUCCCAAAGUCUCACUUUAUCUCAGCUCUUACUGUGGUAUUUGUCAACUCCAAAUCAUUAUCUUCACUCAAGAUUGAUGAUACACCAGUAGAUGACCCAUCUCUGAAAGUGCUGGUAGCAAACAACAGUGAUACUCUUAAACUCCUCAAAAUGAGUAGCUGUCCUCAUGUCUCUCCAGCAGGGAUCCUGUGUGUAGCUGACCAGUGUCAUGGCUUAAGAGAGCUGGCCCUCAACUACCAUCUCCUGAGUGAUGAGCUCCUGUUGGCUUUGUCCUCUGAGAAACACGUUCAUCUGGAGCAUCUUCGUAUUGAUGUUGUGAGCGAGAAUCCUGGUCAGCAUUUCCACACAAUCAAAAAGAGCAGCUGGGACGCUAUGGUGCGGCACUCUCCUAAAUUUAACCUUGUCAUGUACUUCUUCCUCUAUGAAGAGGAAUUUGGCCCUUUCUUCAAUGAUGAAAUUCCUGUCACCCAUCUUUACUUUGGUCGCUCUGUUAGCAAGGAGGUAUUGGGCCGUGUGGGCCUACACUGCCCUCGUCUGGUGGAGCUGGUAGUAUGUGCCAAUGGUUUGCGUCCUCUGGAUGAAGAGCUCAUCCGUAUCGCUAAGCACUGCACCCAGCUGUCUGCUAUCGGACUGGGAGAGUGCGAGGUCUCCUGCAGCGCCUUUGUAGAGUUUGUCAAGAUGUGCGGCCGGCGGCUCUCACAGCUGUCCAUCAUGGAGGAGGUGCUGAUUCCAGAUCACAAAUACUCCCUCGAUGAGAUUCACUGGGAGGUCUCAAAGCAUCUAGGGCGAGUCUGGUUUCCAGACAUGAUGCCCACCUGGUGAAGGGGACAGUCUUGUCCAUGGCUGAAUCUCCAUGUUUGCAAUAAGUGCUCAGAAUUUCCCUCAUUCUGAGGGAAAUGUUUGUAAAUGUGGAGGUGGCUUAAAAAAAGUUUUGUUUUUUUUUCCUGAGUUUUUUGGGUUUUUUCCUGAGUGAAGGAGAAUGUCAGUGUGGUGCCUAAAACACAACAUAAAUAUUAUAUAUUCUAUACAUCAAAAAUAAAUUAGCUUAAUCUAAUGAGUGGAAUUUAUCUUAAACAUUCUGUACACAUGAAGAAUUAUGAUUAUUAACAUUGUAUGAACAUUGUUGCCAGGUUGUAUCGUCUAGAUUGCUGUAUAAAAUGUCUAUGUAUGUAUGUGCACAGUUGUGCAUGUGAGUCCACCAAAUGCUUUAAUAUUUACAUAAUACGGUGGUUAGAAAGUAUGGCAAGCUGUCCAGUUGACUCUAACACUGAUUCACAAGCUUUCUUGUUUUUGGCAAAAAGCGUAGUGGUUUAUUUUAUUUUCUACAUCUGGGAGCUGACAUGGUCCUACCACACCUUAUCUAGCUAAAGUUAAAAAAAAAAGUUUGGUCUAGUAGUCUAUCUUAUUUGUCAAUAGCAAUGCAAGACUGACUAGGCCCAAAUCUAUUGAUGAGAUGUGAGGUGUAUCAAGUUUUUGUGAACUGAUUUUUUUUUUUUUAAUCAUUUCAUUUUUUUUUUAGUUAAUGCAAAUUAUUCUGUUGCUACAUCAAACACAUCUGAAACACAGUUCAUGUUUCAAGUAUGUUAUUUACCUUGAUAUGUAGAAGCACCUUAUAAUUCUGAGUAGAUCCUUCAAGGGCACAAAUGCCACAAUAUCUUUAGAUUUGUACUGUUGAUUUUUUUUCUUAACUUUCUUAACUGUUAUGUAUAUAAUGCACAAAGAGUCUGAAUUUGAGAAUGAUUGAAAAUAUUGAUUCGAUAGUGUGAACUGAUUUUUGUGCAUUAUUUUGACAGCCUAUUGUGCACGCUGGGAGUGCAGCAUUUUUGUUCUCUUGUGCAUUUAUUUGUAUAUUGUCUGUAGAGGUUUCAUUAGUAUCUUCUGCUCUUUGCCUGUUCCAACUCUAAACCUUUGUUUAUUAUUGUGAUCUGCCUUCCUCAUUACCUUUGUCUGAUCUGCUGUCAUUGCACUGUGCAACAGAACCAAGGAUAAUGCAGGAAUGUCAUUGCCAGCGGAGUUGUAGCUUUUGUCAUUGAUCACAUCCAAGCAUCCACUAGACUCUGUUAUAAAGGUUUGGCAAGUCAGAUGAGUGAAACAAGCUUUUUUCCUUUAAGAAGGAAGUUGAUAGAAUCUGUAUAUAAAAUGCUGUGUGUUUGAUCAUCAAUAGAAAUGUACUUAUUUCUGUAUUUCACCCUCUGUCAGGGUUUGAAAUUUCUCUUGUCUUUUAUAAACAGAUAUUCUUUUACUAGAUUUUUCAUUCUCUCUUUACAUAUAAAAGUAUAGAGUUCGGGAUUAUGUUGCCAUGAGAAUUUAGCAUAAUGUUAAACCACUGGAGAUUUCAUGACGUUAAAUACUAACAGCUUUCAUUUAAAUGAGUUCCAACAAUAGAGUGUGAUAUAUGUAUUUACCAGUAGUGACCCCAAUUAUUGCUUAUUUGCUCCAUGGCCCUUCUGUUUGUUCUUUAUUUCAUUUUGCCAAUGUAUUACUCUGGACGUUUUGCACGUCUGUUCACAAAUGUUUUUGCCGUUUGAUCCCAAGCUCUAUAUUUAUUUAUUUAUGUAAAGUUUUUGUAAAAUGCUUUUUUUACGGUUGUGCCGAAGAAAUGCUAUUAACUGUAAGCAGUAGAAAAUGAAUAAGUACUGAAUGAGCCAUAGGCUUCAUUCUACUGCUUCUUAAACAUAUUGCGGCGUGUUGAAACAAUUCUUUGUUUUUGUUCCUAGUGUUUGAUACAAAUAAAUAAAAGGUUGGAGUUGGCAAAAAAAAAAAAUUUCCACCUGUUUUUAGUACAUUUUUUUUUUAGCAAUCCUGAGCAUAAUUCAUCACCAGAAAAUCUGUUUUAAUUAAUGUAUUAAGAUUGACAUUCUUUAUGAAGAUACAUUUGACUUGAUCUGCUCAGAUGGCAAUAUGAAGUUACAAGGCCCAUAUUGUUGAAUUGUGCAUUUGUUUGUAAAAAAAAAUGUUUUGCAAAUAAAUGAAAUGUCUUACAGAAGAAAAAAGCUGUAGCACCUUAAUUUGACCACAAUAGUGAAGCCAUAAACACAAACAAUGCCUGUUAAAAAUGCUAAUAAUAUACUUGGUCUGUUUUCUGUAAAGAUGAUCUUGAAUCACUGAUAGUUGGACUGCUGGUUGUUUGCUGUAACUGUUUUAAACCUGGCUGGUUGUCUGUGCUUGUGUGCAGUAAUAUACCACAAUUUUAUUCAUUAUUGCUUCAGAUGGUGUGCAGUGAAUUUUCAGUUUUAGUUUAUGGCAGUUCUAAAGCUACACAAGUGUCUACACAAGAUUUUAAAAGCAAUGUCAAAAUACUUUAAAACACGCCUCCUGCUUUUCUGGUCACCUCUAAGAGAAUGGAAUACUUCUGGACAUAUGAUUCAAUACUGGUAAUAAAGAAAUAAAUAAAAAUC